CCCCGCAGCUAGCCUAGCUAAGAUAACAAUCUCAGUGACGUUUUGGUUUCGACAUUGUUGUUGUUGUCGUUUUUCAGCGAAUUCGUCCUUUAGUUUCACCCCGAAUCCGCUCCAGAUCCUCCGCGGUCCCGGUGUUUAACCUCCGUCGCGCUCUGGGGGUUCAGUGGAAACUGCAGCCAUGAAAUGGAUGUUUAAAGAAGAUCAUUCCCUGGAGCACCGGUGUGCGGAAUCGGCCAAGAUCCGAACCAAAUACCCAGACAGGGUUCCUGUGAUCGUGGAGAAGGUGUCAGGUUCCCAGAUCGUGGACAUUGAUAAGCGUAAGUACCUGGUGCCGUCGGACAUCACUGUGGCUCAGUUCAUGUGGAUCAUCAGAAAACGCAUCCAGCUGCCCUCCGAGAAAGCCAUCUUCCUGUUUGUGGACAAAACCGUCCCCCAGUCCAGUCUGACUAUGGGACAGCUGUAUGAGAAGGAGAAGGACGAGGACGGCUUCCUGUACGUGGCCUACAGUGGAGAGAACACGUUUGGAUAUUAAAGCCCCGCCCACUUCAGUUUUCUUCUGGAUGAGUGCAUGUGUGUGUGUGUGAGAGAGAGACAGAUUAAUAAUAAAUAAAUAAAGUGUGUGUAUGUGUGUGUGCGUGUUUCUGCUGUCCAAGUCUUAGCAUCGUUAGUGCAUCUGUAUGAGUGAGAUGAUGAUGAUGAUGAUGAUGUAAUCAGAGGUGCUGCCACGACGAUCUACAUUAUUAAUCAUUAAUUAAUAAAUAUUAAUCACUUUUAGACAUUUAAUUUUAUUGCCUCCUGUAUAAAUAGAUGAAUCUGUAUUUAAAGAGCGUGAUGUAAAGGGUGAGGUAGCUGGAAGACCGAACCAAUAAACACACACCAGUAACUGGUG